AUGACUUCAUCUACUACUCCUCGCAUUCGUCGAACAGGACAAAAUACUCAGUUUACAUAUAAUCUAGCACGGCGUGUAAACGACGUGCAAACAUAUCCGGUCCAAUCGCCACAAGGGGCCACUAUCCUGCUCUACGGUCACGAAAAUGGCGUGACCGUCGUUUGGCGCGGCGGACGGCCCUUUAAACGCCAGAAAAAGAGCCCUGAACCCGAAAAAAAGCAAAACGGAACCACCGACGAUGCCGUCAUGAUAAUCGACUCUGACGAGGAGGAACCGCCCUCCAAGACCCAAACCGUGCACAAGUUUGAGGACAAACCAGAGUUUGAGGACAAGGAUGAAGAAGCACCGUAUCCAGAAGUUGUACAAACGCUGGACUUGACGCUGGGGACAGCGGUGUUGCAUGUGGCAGUCAUGUCGAUGGCACCUUUCAGUCCCCAAGAUCGGCAGAAUGCGACUGGGACCCUAUUGUCGGACAGGAUGGUAUUCGCAGUUUCCUGUGCGACGAACGAUGUUUACGUCAUCACUCUCCCUUUGACACCGCCGUCCCCUGAGAGCAAAGCGAGAGAAGAGCUUCGUGCAGGUCUGUUAGCUGGACAGGCUGGCUCCGGCGCCUGGGGGGAGUCCCUGGUUUUGCUGAGUGGCCAAAAGAAAUAUAGUGACGGGCUGGCUAUUAGCCUGGUCCAGCAAAAGUCCUCAGAUUCUGUUGACAGGGCGCCCUCGGCCGUGGUUGCGUCGUGCUCUCGUCAGGCAUCUGGGAUUCUGGUGCUCUGGGACGUGCCGUUGGAUCCUAAGGCAAGGCCUGAACGGGCAGUUGAGCCCUUUCAGACUGAGUAUCUUCGCCAACCGCUCUCCAGCAUCUCAUUCAACCCGUCGCAACCCACACAGCUACUCACCGUCUCCCCGUACCAGGCCGUGAGGGUGUAUGACUACGCUGUGUCUCCUGUUCCUCUCGACCCGGAAGCUACUGGGCCUUUCCCGCCGCAAGGCUCAUGGCUACUGUCGUUGUAUCAGCCAUUUUCUCGACCCGCCGCUUCCAGGAAACCAAUUCUGGAUGCGGCGUGGAUAUCACAUGGCAGAGCCAUCUUUACACUUCUUGCGGAUGGCAUGUGGGGAGUUUGGGACGUUGAUGGGGUCAGGUCGUCUCCCGGAGGCGCAGCCAUAUCAAGUAAACUCUCACAUGGCCUGAAAGGCGCUGCUCUGACAGCCUUUAGUAUUUCAGGCUACAUUGAGGGUACAGGCUCACUGCGGAGUGUGGCAACUCAACAAAAGGAAAACCGCAAUGGGGAAUUUGCACCAAUGACGCCUCAUUCUCGUCGCCAGGCCACUGCUUCCUUGAGCUCCACCAACACCUUUGACCGUUUAGCGGCAGUUCGAGGUGGUGUGAGGACGGUGGCCUUGCCGCCCAGAGGAAGGACUUUACCCGAUGAGAGUCUAGUAUUGUGGAUGGGCGGCCUGGAGCACGUCUGUGUGAUUGCAGGAAUAUUGAGAUUCUGGGAUUCACAGCUUCGAAAAGGCUCUGGCGGGGGCGUCAACCUGUUUAGUGGGGCGCAGCCGACGAGGAUGGUUAAACUAUCAGACCUAUCUACCGGACUGUUGGGGGAGAGAUGCUGUGGCGUCAGCCUGGUCCCGGCUUCCUCUAAAUCUGGGGCAUCAUCGGAAGAAGAUGGCGGAUUGCCCGUGGAUGUUGUCGUCCAAGGCGAGUCUCGGCUGGUUAUUGUUCGCCAAGGGGAGGACGCACCAGGAAAGACCAUCGCGCAACUGGCUGACAGCCGGAGAAGACGGUUAUUCUUGGAAGGAGAGAGAUCAAAUGCCAUCAUUGUCCACGGUAAGCCGGACAGAACCACGAGCUUGUCAUUUAACCUCAGUACCUCGAAACCAGGGACUUUACGACGCAAGUCUUCGCAAAGCGCCAAAGACGAUUAUACUGGCCCGUACAGAAGCUCGGACGAUACUUUGCAGCUACCAAGCCGCUCCCGCAUAGGCUUUGACUUCAUGGGCAACCUGAACGCUGCCGCCGACGUCAAAGCUGACGUGACUGCUCGAAAUGUGGAGGCCGAGAUGCUUGAUAUUAUGGAGAUUGACCAAGUGCUGGACACCAUGGAGGAUAGCCGGGGGAGCGGACGAAAGAAGGUGUUUUUUGAAGAGGAUUGA